AUGCCGAGGACCGCAACGGCCACGCCGUCGGAGAUCUGGGCCCCCAGACCCCCUCGGCUUCCCGCGAUGGCGCGCUCCAGCUUCGGUGCGCUCGCCCUCGCCACGGCGGCCGCGUGGCUGCUCGCCGCGGCUCUCUCGCCGGCCUUCGCCGGCUCGCGGGCCCAGCCAGGCCCAGCUGCCCGGGGUGCCCGCGCGGCGAGGCAGGCCGGCAGCGAGAUCAUGCUCACCGCCCCGUCGAUCGGCGGCCGCUACCGCGUGAUCAUCGACGAGAGCACCACGGUGGAAUCGUGCCUCACCAAGUUCAGGAAGAUCUUCGAGAUCGACCAGGACUUCCUCCUCGACAAGGACUUCAACGUCUACCUGAAGGAGGACGAGAGCAAGCCGAUCUCGGGCAAGAUCUCGGACCACACCAAGCUGCGCCCCUGGGGACCGGACGGCAUCGAGCUCCACAUCUACUACGAGCCGAAGUGA